CAUUGAAGGGUCGCGAGCGAGCGCUGGAAGAGAGGAGGAGGAGGAGGAAUAGGAAUAGGGGGGGAGGAAGGGUCAGAUUGACUUCGACACAGGCGAACGCUCCUUUUCUCCGCUCGACUCUCGGUUUCGUUUCGUCCGAGUUCACCACUCGUGGACGCUGAACAAAAACUCGUCAGCACUCACGACUCGCUCCACGUUAAUGGAAUCGUACAUCGGGUUGUUUGUGUAGCGAAUCUGAAAGAAAAAACGGCUGCUGGGCAAAGUUACCUAGCUAGCAAAGCUAAGUUAGCUGGCUAGCUCUCUCUUCCUCUCUCGCGCUUUUCGUCUCUCCUUUUCCGUGUUCUAGAAGCUCGUGCGAGAGAAGAAGUGUGUCAGCGUUCACGACAACGUGUGAGCUCGGUGAGCGAAACACGCCUUGGCGUAUUAAUAUCAUUUCUUUUCAUUCUGGGGCCGUUUGAUGGAUCCUAGAAUCGCCUGGUUUCAACCAGAACAGCGCGGACCAGCUAACUGCCUGUGGAUGCAGAUUUGGGAGACGACGCAGGGCCUCGGUAAUUUGUACUUUCACGGUAACGGUAACGGCAACAGCAACACCAGCGGAGGGGCAGCGGUAGUAGUAGCAGCAGGAGGUGGUGGUGGUGGUAGUAGUAGUAGUGGUGGUGGUGGUGCUGCUGGUGGAGGAGGAGGAGGCGGAGGCGGCGGCGGAGGAGGAUAUAGCUCUAGCCCCAAGCCGAGCGGAGACGGUGCCGUAGUGGCGGACAGCAGCGCGGCUCACGACUGCGGCGAGCCGAAACACCGAGGGAUGUCUGGAGAUAUCGCCGAGCAGCGGGACUUCAUUCCGUUGGAAAGCAAUAAUGUCAUCAUCAACAACAACCACUACAACCAGCGGAGUGCGGCGGUGGCAGGCCGGGGCGGCGGCGGCGGGGGAGUGUGGAGCGGGGCGCAGGACGCCGCGGCGGCGGCGCAGCGCAACAAGCGCAAACGGGAGAACAAGGCGAGCACAUUCGGCUUCAACCAAAGCCUCGUUUAUGGCGGCUCUAACGGCACGGACGCCGACCUGUACGAGGGCACGCCGUGGAAACGGAGAAACUACUCCGGGGGAAUUGUCGGGCUCCAUGAGGAGAUCAAAGACUUCUACGAGUACAUCUCUCCACGGCCGGAGGAAGACCGGAUGAGGAUGGAAGUCGUCGACAGAAUUCAGAGAGUCAUCAAGGACCUAUGGCCCAGUGCAGAUGUCCAAGUCUUUGGCAGUUUCAGCACCGGCCUGUAUUUGCCUACAAGUGAUAUAGACCUGGUAGUGUUUGGAAACUGGGAGACGCUUCCUCUGUGGACGCUGGAGGAGGCGCUGCGCAAGAGGAACAUCGCCAAUGACCACACUAUUAAAGUGCUUGAUAAAGCAACGGUUCCGAUUAUCAAAUUGACAGACGCUCACACUGAGGUCAAAGUGGACAUCAGUUUUAACGUGCACAGCGGCGUGAAGGCUGCCAAUCUCAUCAAAGACUUCAAAAAGAAAUUCCCUGUGCUGCCGUAUCUGGUGCUGGUGCUAAAACAGUUCCUGCUGCAGAGAGAGCUGAAUGAGGUGUUUACUGGAGGCAUUGGUUCUUACAGCCUGUUUCUCAUGGCUGUCAGCUUCCUACAGCAGCACUACAGAGACGAUGUGUCCAGUCCCAACUCUAACAUGGGCGUCCUGCUCAUCGAGUUCUUCGAACUGUACGGCCGCCAUUUCAACUACCUGAAAACUGGCAUCAGGAUCAGGGAUGGCGGCUCAUACGUGGCCAAAGACGAGGUGCUGAAAGGCAUGCUGGACGGAUACAGACCAUCCAUGCUGUACAUCGAGGAUCCGCUGCAGCCUGAGAAUGAUGUGGGAAGGAGCUCAUACGGAGCCAUGCAGGUGAAACAAGCGUUCGAUUAUGCCUACGUUGUUCUGAGCCACGCCGUCUCUCCCAUCGCCAGGCACUACCCCAACAACAAAUCUGAAAGUAUACUGGGUCGAAUAAUCCGCAUCACACAGGAAGUAGCUGAGUACCGGGAUUGGAUCAACAAGCACUGGAGCGGGCAGUCACAAACUGAGCCGGCCCUCAACUGCAACGGAAAUGACGUCACCCUCCUGGUGGAGCCUCAGGAGCUGGACGAGUGUAACAACAACUUGCAUGACGAGAUCGUGGUCCUUCCUUCAGCGCCUCGGAGUAAAGCGUCCUCCAACUCCUCCUCCCCACCUCCUUCCUCACCUUCAUCACCGUCUUCAUCCUCAUCGCCCUCUCCGUCAUCCACGACGUCCAGCGAUGCAGAUUCGGACGGAACGCCGUGCAAGACGGUGAAACAGCUGCCUGGCCGGGGCUCCGGUGCUCACAGAGAUAACGCCGAGAGGAAUCUGGCCAAUCACAGAGCUCAGAGCCAUCCCAUGACCACACAAACUACAGGCCACAAAGGCAGCAAGCAGAGCCGGCAGUUCAGGCCGAGCAAAAGCUCCCCGGCGCAACAGAGCAUCUCGAACAGCAAGAGCCACCAAAGCAGCAAAACCCAUCACAGCACUCCUGGCAAGAGACGGAAAAACCAGCGGGAGGCGGCGCACGAGGACCUGUGCAGAUAGGAGGCGCUCUUUUCUUCCCAGACAUUCGCUUACUCUUACUUCCCUGACCACAAGGGGGCGCUGCCAGAGUUAUCGUGCCCCUCGUCACCCAAAUCUGGGUUUUUUUGUUGUUUUUUAAAGCAGUCAAACAAAAAACUAAAGAAAAAAAAGAAGAAAGUGUGGAAAUGGGGGCAAAUAAAUCAGGAGUGUUUUUUUUUUUUUUCCUUCCCUUUUUUCUUCCUUCCCCACUGGCUUCUUUACUGCUUGUGCUUGGUGUGGUGGAGUUUUAGGCGUCCUCUCCACCUCUCUGCCACAGAGACCCUUCUCUUAAUGGUGUGGAGGACCAAAGAGAAAAAAAAAUAAUAAAAAAGAAAGAAAAUAAAUAUAAAAAAGACUCAGAUGAGCAAUAUAUCGAAGCUUUGGACUUUAAAAAAAAAAUGACAAAAGACUGAGAUUUGAAAAACAAAAAAAAAAUUACUAUAAAUGAGCGCCGAUUUUUAAAGAUGAAAAAGAAAAGAAAAAAUAUACAA